CCCGCAUCGGCAACGCGAGCGGGGAUGCGUGCGAGCGCCGGGACCCGUGCCAGCACGGCGGCGUCUGCAUCAGCACCGACGACGGACCCAUCUGCGAGUGCCGGGACGGGGACUAUGAGGGCGCCUUCUGCGAACGAGAUAAGGCACCAUCAGAAGCGACGUUUCGCGGCGCCGAGUUCCUCUCGUACGACCUCACGCAGACCGGAGGGGAGCCCAUCGUCAGCACACAGGACGCCCUGACGCUGUACUUCAAGACUCGACAGCCUAACGGAUUACUGUUCUAUACUGGUCAUGAAGCCGACUACCUCAACUUGGCAGUCCGGGAUGGUGGCGUUUCCCUCACCAUGGGGCUCGGCAAUGGCAAGCAGGAGAUGCACAUCAAACCGGCGAAAACCAGAUUUGAUGACCAUCAGUGGCAUAAGCUGACAGUCCAUAGGAGAGUGCAAGAGAUCACACCACUGACUAGCUUUUGCAGGGUAUCAGCGAUUGUAGACGACGUGUACUCCGAGCAUUCCCACGUAGCUGGCUCCUUCACCAUGCUGGCCAGCUCCAGGGCCCACGUUGGAGGCUCCCUGAAUGCUAGGGCUCUGCCUGGGGCGAGGGUCCAUACGAACUUCAUUGGCUGCUUGAAGAAGGUGGAGUUCUCAGCAGACACUCUUCGGCUGAACCUCAUCGACCUGGCCAGGACCGGCAGCAAGCUGAUCACGGUCACCGGCCGUCUGGAGUACGCCUGCACCGCCUCGGAUACGGCUGACCCUGUGACCUUCACUACCAGAGACGCACAUUUGAUCCUACCAAAAUGGGAAGCAGUGAAGACUGGGACCAUAUCGUUCAAGUUCAGAACGAACGAACCGAACGGUCUCAUACUCUUCAAUAUGGGCGCUAAACCACCAAGGGUAGGUUGCACGGCCGACCUCUUUGCUGUGGAGAUGCUAAACGGUUACAUCUACGUCCACGUGGACUUGGGAUCCGGAGGAGUGAGGGUCAGGGCCUCCAGGAGGAGGGUAGACGACUCACACUGGCACGAGUUUCUGUUGAGGCGCAGCGGGAGAGACGGGAGAGUGACUGUCGAUGGGGCUAAUGCGGAAUUCAAAACGCCUGGGGAGUCAAACCAGCUAGAACUGGACGGGCCUCUCUACGUCGGAGGUCUCGGCUCGGAGUACUCGGCCUCCAGGACUCCUGCGGCACUCUGGACGGCCGCUCUGAGGCAGGGCUUCGUGGGCUGCAUACGAGACCUGGUGCUGAACGGGAAGCCGCAAGACUUGACGGCUUAUGCGAGGCAGCAGGAUUCUGCGUCAGUCCGUCCAGCGUGCCACGUGCUGAUGAAGCAGUGCGUUAGCUCUCCGUGCCAACAUGGCGGCGUGUGUUCCGAAGGCUGGAACCGACCGCUGUGCGACUGCUCCGCUACCAACUACGGAGGACCCACUUGUGGGCGAGAAACCGCAACAAUCCACCUGAACGGCAGCCAGCACCUAACAGCGUCUUUAGGCCCUGAACACGUCACGCAGACCGAAGAGCUGAUGCUGCGCUUCAGGACCACCCGAGCUGGUCUGCUCCUGAGGACAGCUUCGGAACACUCCGCCGAUAGGAUCGAGCUGGCUGUGGCUGCGGGGAGGGUCAGAGCCAGUGUGCGGUUAGGGGAUCGGGAAAAGAAUCUCCUAGCUGGCUCCAACGUGGCGGACGACAACUGGCAUACAGUUAGGUUUUCCCGUCGGGCCUCCAACUUGAAACUUCAGGUGGACGGGGCGCAGCCAGUCCGCGCUGAAACGAUUUUAGGGAAAGCAUCGACUUUAGAGAUAUCCACAUUGCAUUUAGGAGGCUUAUUUCAUCCGGAGGAAGAAAUUCAGAUGACCUCCACAUUGCCCAACUUCGUGGGAUAUCUGCAAAAGUUUGUUUUCAACGGAAUAAAAUACAUUGAUAUGGCAAAGACCCUUGGAAUUGGCAGUGGAGAUGAGAACAACAAUAUCUAUGACACGUCCAACAUAAUUUUCACUGGAACAUUCAUGAAGCCAGACUCUUUGAACGUUUAUAAAUCUGUGACCUUCAAAUCGAAACAUACGUAUGUAGGCCUUCCUUUACUGAAGGCUUAUGGGAACACGUAUUUAGACUUCUACUUCCGAACCACUGAAAUGGAUGGACUAUUGUUCUACAAUGGAGGGAAAAAGCAAGAUUUUAUAGCCAUAGAGCUGGUCAACGGUCACAUUCACUGUGUUUUUAACCUUGGGGAUGGCGUUGUAACUAUGAAAGAUAAACUGAAGAAUUUCUUGAACGACAACAGAUGGCACACGGUAUCUGUAAGGAGACCCACACCAAAAAUACACACGUUACAAGUUGAUGAUGACUUGGAAAUGCACACUACAAGUUCAAAUUUAAUGCUUGAGUUGGAUAGCGUUCUGUUUGUUGGUGGAGUGCCUAAGGAUAUGUAUUCAUCACUGCCAGUUGGAGUUCUGUCCAGACAAGGUUUUGAAGGGUGCAUGUCCAGUUUAGAUCUACCAGGAGAGUCUCCUUCUUUGAUGGACGAUGCUGUUGUGCCGAGUUCUUCAUUAGGUUCGGGGUGUGAAGGUCCCACAAAAUGUACACACAAUGCUUGUGCUAACAAAGGAGUCUGCGUUCAGCAGUGGAAUACAUACGUCUGUGACUGUGAUCUGACGUCAUUUACUGGACCUACCUGUUAUGAUGAAUCAAUUGCCUAUGAGUUCGGCCCAGGUCGAGGUAUCAUUACAUACUCGUUCCCGUCAUCUUCUGUAGCUGAUACGGAAACUGAUAAGGUGGCUCUUGGUUUCGUCACCAGCAAGGCUGAUGCUGUGCUUCUGAGGAUCGAGUCGUCAAACACUCAGGAUUACAUGCAAAUGGAGAUCAUCCGAGGAAACCUUUUCAUGGUAUACAACGUGGGUGGUGGUGAUCACCCGCUUGGUGACGAGGCGGCCAGGGUUGACGAUGGAGCGUAUCACGUCGCUCGCUUCACGAGGAACGGCAGCCGAUCUGCUUUGCAGCUGGAUAACUACGCUGUGAAUAUUCGACAUCCACAAGGUGGCCAGCAGUCUACAAUCUUCAACAGCAUGUCUACCAUCACUGUUGGCGGAGGCGCAGGCGGGUCACGAACCUUCAGCGGCGUCAUAGCUGGGCUGGUGGUGGAUGGAGUCAGGGUGUUAGAAUUGGCUGCCGCAGGGGACCCUUCGGUGUCUGUGAGAGGAGACGCGAGGAGAGCACACACGCCGCUUGACAGAGACAUCAAUAGGAUGCAACAGACGCCCCCAUCAGGCUACGGUGGCCCUGGUGUUAUGGACGAACUAGUCUACUCCGGGGCAGGGUCGGGGUGCCGCGACGACGACGAGGACGCGUGCGUGCUGCCCGACGCCGGCUCCGGGGACGACCUCAUCACGCCGGUGUACGUGCCGUCCACCAGGCGGCCGCCGGCCAGGGUCUAUAAGGCCAAGGGUGAUACAAGCGGUAAACUGAUGAAGCCUUGUGAUGACGAAGAUUGUGCGGAGGGUUCUGGGGCGAGCGUAGACGAAGUGACAGAACCUGAACAUCCAGCUACCACAUCCGGAGCCAGCAGUACCCACAGCAUGACGUCACCCACGGCUUCAAUAUCCUCAACCGAACACGUGGACAAAUCUCUCGAGGGGUCCACUGACGGGUCCACCGAUUCCGGUCCUAGCACGAAGGCCGAUAUCCAAACCACAUUGCCUGAUCAUGACAAUAUGCAUGCGGGUACUGUGGAUACUGCCACCACGCCUGAGAGGAAGACCACGCCUACUGAUGAACACACCCACUCCAGCGGUCAUUACACCCCCACAAUGAUCGGCAAACACACCCCUGACGAGACCACGCACACAACUGAAGAAGACAACCACAUACCAGACUACGAGGACCGGCGAGGGAACGAGAUAGAAACACGGACGCCGCCUUACGAGAUAGGGAUAGGAAUGGGAGAGCAAGAGAGGCUCCCAGGCAGAGGGCAUCAGGAUUACAAUGGAUAUGAUAAGACCACGAAGUGGUACCAGCCGAAGUCGACGGACAAUAGGGUCGUACCGCCCGAGUCGGAGUUCUUCGCGACUAUUGUCGGCAUAGUAGCAUCAGUGCUGAUAGCAAUAAUACUGAUAGUGAUCAUCGUGCUCAAGUACAUAGUGUUCAAGCUGGACCCCUCGUACAAGGUCACCGAGGACAAAAGCUACCAGCAGGGCGCCAGCGCCGCGCUGCUUGGGAAUCAGGCUCACUCAAGUUACCAAAGCGGCGCAUCGAGCGCGCCCACCGGCGGCGCCGUCCGCAACCUUCAACCGCUCCCGCUCAACCGGAACGGGGCGCCGCCGCUGCCCGUGCCCACGCAGCCCGUCAAGCGCGACGGCAUCAAGGAGUGGUACGUGUAAGCCGACAGGUGCUGUGACGUGAUCCGGGACGUCAUAGAACGUGUGCUGUGACGCGAUCCGGGACGUCAUAGGACGUGUGCUGUGACGCGAUCCGGGACGUCAUAGGACGUGUGCUGUGACGCGAACCGGGACGUCAUAGGACGUGUGCUGUGACGCGAUCCGGGACGUCAUAGGACGUGUGCUGUGACGCGAUCCGGGACUUCAUAGGACGUGUGCUGUGACGCGAUCCGGGACGUCAUAGGACGUGUGCUGUGACGCGAUCCGGGACGGCAUUGACGUGACGUUGAAACAUCGCUGUAACAGUGAUGAGUGUGGCACUUGUAAAUCGACGUGA